UAAAAAAAAAACAACACAAAGUGAUUAUGAAAUUUAUAUUUUCCAUCUUAUUUUAGCGGUUUCCCACCAUCACAAAGACAACGGUACCCUGAUUGGUCGUUUCAAAAACUGGGACGGGGUUAAUGCAACAAUAGCUUCUUGAGAUCCUUUUCAGAAACAAAGCAAAAUAAUGAAAUUGUUUAAGUUAAAAUGCAUGUUUAUACUAUAAAUGUCAAAACAUGUCAAAUGGAAGAAUCUCAUCCGGGACGGAAACUGAGGCACUGCUUCUCCCCUGGAAGGAUUCUCCUUCCUUAAAUAACAUCUUUUGUUACAAUAGUUUUUCUUUUCUUUCCCUUAAUAAUUUUUUAAUCACGUCAAUAUUUUUAAUAUAAAUGGUCUUAACUGAGAGUUAACUCAUUAACUGAGAUCUGAGGAUUAUUUGCCCUCCUACAUCUAUCACUCUCUCCUAAAUGGCUACUGUAGCUGUCUGUUGUUUACUUGCAUCGCUCUGAUUGGCUUAAGUCUUGCGUCUCCUGAUCUCUCAUUGGACAGUUCAAUAAGGCAAUAUGGGCGGUGCAUAUGCUUAAAUCUUUCAUGGUCCAAAGCGUUAUUCUCCAUAAACUACAAACACAGCGGAUCUCUCUUACCUAGCCUUUUGUUUAAACUCUUUCAACCUGGUAGUUUAGUCUGUAGGUGGAGAUUGAUGAAUGUAACCAAAUAAUACUGGAAGCCAUGCCUACAUGGAGGCUGACGAAAGUGCCGGGAGGCUUGUGUGCACUUUUGCUGAUCCUGCAUCUUUGCUUUCAAACCAUGCUGUGAGUUCUGCUGCUGGAUCUCGCCUGUGUGGACGACGCGUUCCUCUCCCUUCCUUCUCGAAAGCGUGGGGCAGCUGUGUAGGAGGGAAGAAGUGGGAGGCCCCGGGGGGGGGGAGGCGGGGAAUGCGAAUGCUUACGGCUGAUGGCCAAGAGAUCUGGAGAAGCUUCAGAGCAGCUCUCUUUAUGGACCGCACCGGCUGUCUGAGGAGAUAAGGAGCAGCACAACAAAGCGGCGGUGCUGUCAGCAAGCAUUUGGAUUUGUUUUUUAUGCCACACGGGGAAAACAAUAUCUUGUCAUCGACAGACGUAGGUUUCAUCUUGGUGAUCGAUCGCAGACAGGACCGAUGGGCGGCUGUCAAGGCGACUCUGCUUCGUAUUGCGGGCUCCUUCCCCGGGAACCUCCAGCUGGUCCUGGUUCUGCGGCCCACCACCCUGCUGCAGAGGACGCUCUCAGACAUCCUCUUUAAGUUCAACAAGGAUGAGUUCAAGAUGAAGGUGCCGGUGAUCAUGCUGAGCUCUGUGAGUGAGCUGCACUCCUACAUCGACCGCACCCAGCUGACGCGGGAGCUCGGAGGAACGCAGGACUACUGCCACGAGAAGUGGAUCUCGCACCGAACUGCCAUUGAGGGAUUUGCACUGAUGGUGAAGAGAACAGCGCAGACCCUGCAGUCAUUUGGGACGGAGCUGGCAGAAACCGAACUCCCAAAUGAAAUUCAGACGACGACCGUCCUGCUUAGCACACACACCAGCAAGAGGGACAAAAUGAAGGAGGACAUACUGGUUGCUCUGGACCAAGGCAGCAGGCUGCUGGAGAGCAUCAAUGAACCUGUAGUGAGAGACCCUGACCACAACAUGAACCAGGACGAACUGGAAAACCUUGCAACAGUUCAAAGACUGCUGUCUCAGCUGGACGAGACGGAAAGGGCUUUUGACGAGUUCUGGGUGAGGCAUCAGACCAAACUGGAGCAGUGUUUGCAACUGCGACACUUUGAGCACAACUACAGAGAGGUCAGAGGUCUGCUCGACAACCUGUCGGAGAAGCUGGUGACCUUCUCCGAGGUCGGGAUCAGCCCCGCUCACGCCGACCACAUCUUCUGUGAGCUCACCUCCUUUGAAGAGCGAGUCUGUGAGGUUCUGGACAGAGCCUCGGCGCUGUCUCGUGAGGGUGACGAGCUCAUCCAGAAGUCCCACUAUGCCGAGGACUCCAUCCAGCCCAAAUGCAGCGAGCUGAGAGCCGUCAGCGAGAGCCUGAGCUGCAGCCUCAGCACCAAGAAGGACUACCUGCUGAAAGCCAUGGAGCUGCACCGUCGGCUGGAGAGGGCAUCCAAAUGGGUCGACGAUGGCAUCUACCUGCUGGCCUCUCAGCCAGUAGACAAGUGCCAGUCCCACGAGGGGGCCGAGCUGGCCUUGCAGGAGUUGGAGCGUUACCUAGACAACGCUGGUCAGAAUCAGCUGACUGAGCUCGACGCCAUCUGGAAGGAGUACGAGGAAGUGCUGAGCCAGCAGUUCAGGGAGCAAGUGGAGAAAGUUUACCAAAAGCAAACGUCCAUGCAGGAGAUGUUUGACAAGCGGAAGAUCAGCCUCAAGAAGCUGGCAGCCAAACAAACCAGGCCGGUGCAGCCAGUGGCUCCCAGACCAGAAGCCUUCAUCAAAUCACCGCUCAGCUCUCCCGCGCACAAAGCACACCUGGAAAAAAAUUCGGAGUCCAACCUCGGCUGUGAAAAAAAGAAUGGCCAGCUGCAGAAUGAAGACGGUGGCAGCAGACACGCGUCCCAGUCGGAGGAGGAGGAGAACCUGGCGGUGCUCCGGCGACAUGUAAUGAACGAGCUGCUGGAGACCGAGAGGGCCUAUGUGGAGGAGCUGCUCUGUGUGCUGCAGGGUUAUGCCUCUGAGAUGGACAAUCCAGCCAUGUCUCACCUCAUCCCUGCGCCUUUGCAGAACAAAAAGGAGGUUCUGUUUGGCAACAUGCCAGAGAUUUACCAUUUUCACAAAAGAACCUUUCUGAGGGAGUUGGAGCUUUACACAGACUGCCCAGAGUUAGUGGGAAGAUGCUUUUUGGAGAGGAUGACUGACCUGCAGAUCUACGAGAAGUACUGUCACAAUAAACCUCGGUCUGAGAGCCUCUGGAGGCAGUGCUCAGACUGCGCCUUCUUCCAGGAAUGUCAGAAGAAGCUUGAACACAAGCUGGGUUUAGAUUCAUAUCUGCUGAAGCCAGUUCAGAGAAUAACCAAAUAUCAGCUGCUGCUGAAAGAAAUGCUGAAGUACAGUAAGGGCUGCGACGGAGCAGAUGACCUGCAGGAGGCGCUGACCUCCAUCCUGGGCAUCCUCAAGGCCGUCAACGACUCCAUGCACCUCAUCGCCAUCACAGGGUUUGAGGGUAAUAUGACUGAACUAGGAAAGCUCCUCAUGCAGGGCUCAUUCAGUGUUUGGACUGAGCACAAAAAAGGUCACGCCAAAGUUAAAGACCUGGCUCGUUUCAAGCCCAUGCAGAGACACCUGUUCCUCCACGAGAAGGCUCUGCUCUUCUGCAAGAGGAGGGAGGAGAACGGAGAGGGCUACGAGAAGGCUCCUUCGUACAGCUUCAAACAGUCACUUAGUAUGAAUGCAGUGGGGUUCACUGAGAAUGCCAAGGGAGACAACAAGAAGUUUGAAAUCUGGUCCAGCUCCAGAGAGGAGGUUUAUAUUGUUCAGGCGCCAACUGCUGAGGUAAAAACCACAUGGGUGAAUGAGAUCAGGAAGGUUCUCACAACCCAACUGGAGGCCUGCAGAGAAGCCAGCCAGCAGAGGGCGCCAGACCAAGUGUUUCCGUUUCCCCCGCUGCCAACCGGAACUGUGAGUCUCAGUCCUUUUAAGACGAGUCAGAAGGUUAAAAAGGGAGAGGAGAAGAAGGCUGAGCCGUGCAGCCCUGACGUCAUCUCUACUUGUUCACCAAAGCUUACUGUGAAAGACGAGGCAGUGACAAGCCCGACCUCAGACAGAGCUGCUGCGGCUAAAAAGCGAUUUACUUUGCAGGGCUUCAGUAACCUCAAAACUCAGAAAGAGCCCACAAGCACUGAUGACAAAUGUUAUACAUUCCCCAUGAUAAUCUGCCCAUCUUCAGGAUCCCCCACCAGCCCAGACCACAACACCAAACGGCAGAGUGAUCCCACGCCUUUUGGCUUCAAAGGUCCUCCUCCCCUCCACCUGACCAGGGCCAGGUGGUUCAGCACCUCUAGUCUCUUACAGACAAAGUGGAGAGGAUGGAAUAAGACCUCCCUGUCUCUGGAUGAACACGACGGCUACUCCAGCGCCGAGGAGCCUCUUAACUCUGAUCCAGAAGAGGAAAACCACAAGAAGCUGUGUGCUGGGAAAUACACCGUAAUGGCAGACUACGAGAACGGAGCUGCAGACGAGCUUUUAGUGAAGAGUGGAGACAUUGUGCAGCUGGUGAAGGAGGGGGACGACGGACAGUGGUUUGUGCGGAACCUCAACACGUCUAAGGAGGGCUGGAUGGCCGCUGCUAAUCUUAUGACCCUCAUGGAGAAGUCCAAGUCUUGUCAGUCUCUCAGCAGCUCCGAAGGCAGUGGGAACCUCAGCACAUCCUCCAGCUGCAGCGAGGCCUAAACAAACUCGCCAGACGUCAAACCCUGACCUCCUCUGCACUUCUCCGGUCAAGGAACUGCCCUCCUGAAUGCAAGCGUCACAUGGCUGCGUCUGUGCUGUAAUGCCAACAUCAGUACUCCUGGAUUUUGCACAAAAUGUCGUAUGUUUGUCAUUGUUUUUACUGAACGCGUACGCCGCGUGGUCUCAUAACGUUGUCACCGUUACGCUUGUUGAGGUGUAAACAUUAGAGAAAAAAACUCCACUGUGUAGUAAAGUGAUCUGGCAGCAGACAUUUUUUAUGAUCAGUUUUAGAUGUAUGAGUGGACCAGCAGGACUGAGAUCUGUUAAUGCAUCUUUUUUAUCACUUCACAAGCAAGGAAAAGUUACAAAAAAAUACAAAUAUUUCUUCAUGUUCAUCAGCUCUAACCGGAUGGUUUUAAAAAAAGGGGGGAAAAUACAUUCAUGCAGCUUGUUUAGGUUGUGUGUUUCCCUUUUGUCAGCUCAGUAUUUAUUUAAAUGCAACACACCCAUUUAUAUUCAUGAAUUCUUCCGUAUUUCCACCUGUCUGCUGUUUGUCUAUUGUCAGCCUGUCUGUAGAAACCGGUUCAAAUGUCCAAUGUCUGUGGAUUUUCUCCUAUUUGUGAAUUUCAUUAAUGCAACAAAUGUUUCUCAGUGUAAAAACCCAGAGACCACUGUACUAACUUAUUCCCUGUGCAGGGGGUCAUUUUCUGAAUGUAGAUAAUAUGUAAUAAUAACUGUCUGUCAUGAGAUAUUUGUUAAUGAAAAUGCUAUAUUGUACACUAAGUAUGGUGACGUCACUACCUGGUGACUUGUCUAAUUUUUUUACAUAAACAAAUUGUUACAAACCA